AUGGAAAAUUGUGAUGGAGGCACUUUAGAUGGUAUGAAUAUCAGCCAAAAGUUGACGAAAGUUCUCAAUAUUAGUUCCAGUGUCUUGGUACCUAGGGGAGAAAAUCAUGAUGUCGAUGCUCUUGAGAGCAACAUUCAAGACAUGAUAAAAUUGCCGAGGACGAACGCAUACCACACCCAACUGGUGAAAUAUGAAGCAAAAAGUGAGGUAAGAACGGCCCCUUUUGAAACUGUCCAAAAACCGUUGAAAACGCAACAAAAUGUCACGGGGGGGAAUCCAAAAAUUUCCAGAAUCAUUGUUGUGAUUUCGAACACACAAAAAUCCUGGUAUGCUUUUUUCAGAAUAACACUAUACAAUCCUCAGCUUUUUUUCUUCCUACACAAACACAUGAGGUCUGUCCCAUUGCCUCUUCCAUCCCUAUAUACUAUGUGCCUUUGCUUCGUCUAUUAUUUAGUACAAAGCGCAUACAGAUUGUCAUCAUAUUCCUAAUGAUCGAAUGGCAACUAUUAUAAUUUACCUUACUGACGUUGACGAGGUGAGAUCGAUAUAUUGUAUGGAUAAAUCAUCGCCAACAAAUUUUCGACUGUAAGUGAAUAACCAUUUUAAUAAUUCCAAAUGAAAUAUAAUAUGAAGCUGCGAUUUUUAACUCCCUAUAUGAAGGGCCUUUGCUCGAAACGUCAAAGUAGCUGCAUGUAUAUAUCAGACCACAGCUGUCAGUUAUAGAUAUAUAAUGCAUAUCAAAUUAUGCAACUCAAUUAUUAAUUAAUUGGCAUUUUUACUGAUAUAGAACAAUAAUAGCCAUGUUCCCUUUAUUUCGAAACAGUAAUCUGUAAAGCAAAAAAGAGGCAGCUACAACACUGGUCUAAAAAUUAGAACUGGAUAGUUCAUGUGACCGCCACAAAUCUACUGUGGUUCUAGUGUGUGUUAAAAGCGGCCCACGUGGCUUUUAGUCAGUGGUAGGACGGAAACAUAUUUUAUUGGUUAGAUGGAAUAUGUUAAUCAGAGGUCUAUAUAACUUUCUAAAUUUGGCUAAUGGCUAUGGGUAACUAGUGAGGUUAUUAUACCAAUAUCGCGCCCUAAAGUCUCAUUAUCUGCUGUUUCAAAGAUUCUAAAACCACUAGAAUAGGUGUGGAAAGCUGUGAUUUUCAAGCGAAUUCAAAAACGAAAUUUGGCAUCUUCCUUUAAAAUAUGUUUACCAUGUUUGUUUUGCCUCGCCUGAUGCAAGUAUCCGUUCGUUUUAUUUUAGGGUGGUGAAACAGUUUUUCCAUUCCUAAAUAUUUCCAUCAAACCACAACGUGGAAUGGCUGUUGUUUGGAGAAAGUACGUAGGAUAAGUCAUAUAAAUCCUUUUUGAAAUCAUAAAACAGUUCGGUCAUCCAUUAUCAUGAAUAUUUUCACAAGCGCGUACAAACUCGUACGAUGAGGAAAAUAAUGAGUGUCCAAAAAAAAUCAUAAUAUUAAUAAGUAGUUUAAUUAGUUCAUCUCUACUCCACUAUUCUUCUCUCGUGACGCUUCGCCCCCUUCUCCCUGUUGUUUGUGCGUCUGUCACGAUCAUUGUCUAUCUUAUUGCAAACAUCUGAUAUCAGCCUCCGCCACGCCGGCCGUUCUGUUAGAGCCUUUCAAGGUGUCUUAAAAUCGACUCUGUUAGAGCCCUCUGCCAAUUCUUCAUACAUGCAGGAGAGCUUUCGCCGGCUGUUCGUCUGGCUUGCGAGCAAUAUAACGUUAGAAUGUUAGGGUUUGUAAUCCAAGUGAGUAUAUAUACAUUUUAAGACCUAUCCAGGAACGACUGCGAAAAUUGCAGCACAAGGUCCUCUGGUAGGAAUUGAACCUACGGAAUUGUUUUAAUGUUUUAAUGUUUUAAUAGGAUUUGGCAACUACCUAAAAAUACAACAAUGUAGUGCCAGGGAGUUCGCCACAGGUUCCCCCAAUUACGGCGAUCCCUUAAUAUUUACAUAAAAAAUUACGUUCAAAUAAUUGAUUAACGAAACAGACAAAGUAUAACAACACAAUUACAAAACGGCUAAACUGACAACUAACAACAGUUUAAAACACCAUCAAGGGAUCUAGCCCUUUUACAUUUAACACAGACAGAUUUCCAAGUCCGAGGAUCGUCACAGUUAUACGUGUUCGAUAGUGCGUUCUUAUAAUACAGUUUCAGUCCUGAUUUAAAAGCAUAGAAACCAAUGUUUCUGUCUCGAAGGUUAUCACUUAGGAUGUUCCAGGUUUUGCAAGCUCUAAUAAAAUACGAGGACUGGAACGUUACAGUUUUGGCAUAAGGUAUUAAGAAUUUAAUUCGAUUGUCAUUAGUUUCACUUCUAGUGAUUCCUGAUCCUGAUAUAACCGGUCGAGCACUGUCGUCAAUAUAUUUAUGAUUGUUAAUGAUUUUAUAGAGUAGGAAUAUAUCCAGGUAUUCGUGCCAAUAAGUUAUGGGUAGUAGAUCUAGAUUAUGUAAUCUUGUUGGAUACGGUAUGUUGGUGACAAACCCAAGAUUAAGGAUAAAUUUGGUUGCUCUUCUCUGCACCUUCUCGAUAUUUUCAAUUAAUUGUAUGGACUGUGGACACCAUACUUGGGAUGCGUACGCAAGAUUGCUUCGAACGAGCUGUAAGUACAGAUACUUUCUCGCCUUGAUGUCAGUCAUUUCCAAGGUAGAUCGCCUAAUUAAUCCAAGUAAUUUGUUAGCUUUGGACUUCACCUUGCUCACUUGAUGGAUCCAUGUUAAUUUGGGACUGAUAGUUAUACCCAGGUCAACUUCAGCAUCAGAAAAGGACAACAGGUCACCGGCAAGACUGUAUGGAGAAACCAAAGGUGAUGUUUUUCUGGUUAUAGAGAGUACCUUGCACUUGGAUUGAUUGAAAUGAAGGUGGUUUUCAUUUGACCAACAUCGAAGACUUUGAAUAUCCUCUUGCAAGACCAAGGCAUCAGAAGGAUUCUUUAUGCAACGAUACAGCUUGGUGUCGUCAGCAAACAGUCCGACCCCAGUAGAGGAUGAUACAUAGCUAGGUAAGUCAUUGAUAUAUACAGAGAAGAGAAAGGGACCCAAUAACGAUCCUUGUGGAACCCCAGAAGUAAUGGAUAAAGUGGUCGACGUAGCACCGUGAAUAGUUACUCGUUGGAAGCGUCCGGAUAAAUAAUUCUUAAACCGCAGGAGGAGAGAACCAGAAAAACCGAAUUCCUGCAGCUUUUGCACCUGAACCUGCAACUGAACCUGGAAAUUGAACCUACAGAAUUAAACCUACAACUGAACCUGAACCUACAACUGAACCUACAACUUAACCUACAGAAUUGAGCAAUAUAACGUACCCAUCUAGAGCAGUCUACCUAUUCCUGAUGAGGAGUGGCUUAAUUAAGGACAUAUCACUAUGAGCGUUCAAUGAUUGAACAUUUAAAUGUGGGCGCGGAGUUGAGAAAAGGUAUACAUUCUGUACGUUUAUAAACAUGUUGCUAAAUAGGGUCGGCCUCUCACUUCGAGUAGAAUAUUAUUUUUUUUAAAUUAAAGGCGAAAUUUGAGGUAAAUCCGGUAAAACAUUUCAAUCUAAUGACCUGUAUAAAUGAGUUUUAUAGACGAAUAUUUAAGAAUUAAAAUCAAAUAUUUCAGUUUAGAUGAUGAUGGCAAAUGCGAUGAAAGUACUACCCAUGUUGGUAAGUGAAACAUAAUAUCGAAUAGGAUGAAAAAAAUUUUGGAUGUAUUUCUAAUAGCAAUAGUAUAUUAGCCAAAGAUGAUGAGAUUGACAGUUCUGUAUGUGCAAAUGUGCCAAAUAUGGCAAUUAACUAUACUAUGGUAAUAUCGACUCUGGUAUUGUAAUCUUUUACUCAUCCUUCAACACCACCACUUAUAAAUACAUGAAUUAUCAAUGAAUGUCUGAAUCAUGCACCACUAUUAGUAUCAGUGAAACACGAAGCUGUUGUUUAAAGUAUACAAGAAUUUGAAAGAAAGUUUGCAAGCAGAUUUUCCCUAAGACGAUAAAUACCGGAAUGUUGCUGUUCCGAAGCUAAACGUGGUUUCCAAGCAAAACUAUUCAUCUGACUUCUUAUAUUUCUGUUUUAAAAACAUGUAUACCAGAGAAAAUUUCUUCUAUAGGGAAAUUAUGAGCGCUCGCUAAUGAAGUGCAGAUGACAAAUGAUGGGCCUAUUGCCAUCUAGUAAUCAAUGUUUUAUUAGUAGCUAUGCACCGUCAUAUAUAUUUAUAUUUGUCACAUUUGCAAUAUACAGCUGGUCAGGUGAAGAAAGGAGAAAAAUACAUUUAUCAAAAAUGGUUUUAUCAAAAGCCAAUACUACCUCAAUACCAGGAUGAU